CAUCACACCUCGGGCUUACUAGUACGCGAAAACUUCCUACGGACCACGGUUGACGCUUACCCUUUGCGUGACGACUUGCGGUAUGUUUUGCUGGCGAUAUUUGAUGUGACUCGGGUUCGCCAAUGCCAAUCAUAAAUAAUACGACGUUUGCUGGUUAACUAAGGUCAUUGGGUCCUCCUUUGAUUCACCAUGGUUAAGCAUACUCGUGUCGUAAAGAUCACCCCUUGGGAAAUCGUAGGUAUCUACCUCGUCUUUGCCACUCUGCCAUUUAAGGUUCUCUACAGGCUCCUGUUUUCGCCAUGGGACAAAGCCGCCAGAGACAAGACCUGGAGACGUGUAAUCAGCCACUACAGCGUACACUACCUUACCCACUUGAACAUCGCUCAGCUCCAGUACGUUUUCGGUAACUCGUACGACGUCUAUGUUGGCUACACAAAGAAAAUUGGCGUCCCCAUGGACAUUGAAGAACUCGACCUCGGUGCCAAGAUCAUGUGGGUUGGCCCCAAGAACCCCAAACGCGUCAACAUUUUCCUCCACGGUGGUGCUUUCCUCGUCCAUGCCCCCGCUGAAGGCUAUCCUUUCUGGCGAUGGAUGCAAGGCCAGUUGAAGAACAGGGGUCUCGAUGUCGGCUUGUGUGCCUUGUCAUACGCUCUCCACCCUGAGGGCGACUACCCCCUGCCUCUUCGCCAGCUCGUUGUCAUGCUCAACCAUCUCAUUGCCAGUGGCGUUCCUCCCGAAGGUAUCACCAUGGUUGGUGAGUCCGCCGGUUCCAACCUGAUCCUCAUGCUGCUGUCGCACAUGCUCCACCCCAUUCCUGGUGUCGAACCUUUCGUCCUACCCCCCGGCACCAAACUCGGCGGCGGCUACCUUCUCUCGCCCUGGAUCUCCGUCGGCGGCACCGACGUCCCCAACUCGUUCGAAGAGAACAACCACACCGACAUCACCAGUGCUGACACCCUCCGGGAAUGGGGCGCUCCCAUCCUCAAGGCUGUUCCCCGGUCCCAGAUCCCGUACAUGGAGGCGUCACAUGCUCCCAACGGCUGGUUCGAUGGUGCAGAGAACCUGAUCAACAAGCUCCUCAUCACCGUCGGUGAGUUCGAGCCGCUGAGGGACUCCAUCGUCACCUUGUAUGAGAAGCACUUCAAGUCGUGGCCCAAGGAUCGCGUUACGUACUGCUACCAGCCGGGUGGUAACCACAACGACCCGUACUACGACUUCUUCUGGGGCGCGAACCCCUCCGAGUUCGCCAGCAGCUUGACUCCCACUGUCGUCCAAUGGAUGUACGAUGUCCACUCGCAGGUCAACUAAAUAAUGUACGCAUGAAAUUGCAUGUCCUUCUCAUAAUACUCGCACAAUACACCGACGCUACUUAUCUAUUCCAUACUAGAUACAAAUUGUAUGUACAGUGACUAGCUCGCAUUCAAACAAAUAAUAUCGCCAUCAAGUCAUGAAGCUACGUUGAAAAAAAAAAAAAUCGGGCUUCACGAUCCAAACCUUGGCCAACACAAGAAAAAAGUUAUUUUGUUCUGUCGCCUUGGAGAGUAAUUGGCAGAGAUGCCGUGGGCGACAUGAGGGCUUCUUUGAAACUUGACAAUCUGCAUCAGACCAAUAUCACACCCUGAUCAGACCCCACGUGUCCGAGGAGGGACAAGCAAGAAGAACCGCCUUACGUGCCCUCGAUGCUGGAUGAAAUUACCUUUACAAAGAUCCGGAACUAAGGCCAAGCAUGGACAUCCCGCCGCCGGGAGCUGGCAGCACUGAAUGU